UGGUACUUCAACAAUUUAUUAAAAUAGCAUUAUUAUUUUGUUUUUGUGAGCAGAUUUAUGACAAUGAACGGAAUCCAGAAAUUGCCAUAGCGUCCGUACCUGAACACCAGACCGCAGACCGAGUUCUCUCAUCUUGAACCCACCAACAUGAAGCCUGUUGGUGUUUUUGCAACACGGCACUCCAACCUAGCCAUCGCAGGCCUCCGUCUUCUUCACCUCGGAGUGUUUCUUGCUGUUUCUAGCGCUAGUAUCAAAGCUGACAGCGAGUGUGAAAUUGACACCUCUCGGAGGUUGAUCCUGCGAAACGCUACAGCGGUGGCUGCAGUAGUGAAAUCGUGUCUGCUCCAACACACAGAGGCACUUUCCGCUGCGAACGAUUCGAGCAAGCUUCCCUAUCGUUUCCUGAGCGAGCUGGUUGUCGGUUCGCCCGGUUGCCUCCCGUCUCCUGCUACAAACUUUGCUACAUUUGAUUGGAGUAGUCUGGAACCCUUGCUGACUACAUUUGUACCGAAGCUUUUCAUUCAGUGUAUCGCCGAUAUAACAGAGCUGAGCACUCCAUUUGCGAACGUCCUCUCACUCGCAGGCAUUGCCAUUAUCGGCAAUGCACAAUUGGGCAAAAUUUCUGCUUUCUCCCAUCUGCUGAGCGUUUCUGGUGAUGUGGAACUGUACGAAAACAGAAAUCUGCUUGAGGCGACCGGUUUCUCGCACCUGCAGACCAUUGGAGGCCAGCUGAAGAUAACCAGAAAUGCUGAACUGGAGUUGCUGGAGUUGCCUUCUCUCCGUGAGCUGGGUGGCAAUGACAAGCUGCUCUCAGGACAAACACUACAAAUCACGUACAAUCCUAAGCUUGGCAGCCUGUCUGGAUUGAGGACACUUCGAACAAUAAAGGGAGGUACUGUUCGCAUCGAGGGCAAUCAUGCGCUAUGCUAUCCGGGCUAUCCGCAGUGGAGCGCCCUGUCGCUUGCUACGCACUCGUUUGUCUACCCGUCGAGUGCGAGUGUAGUGGCCGGUGUGGACUGGAGGGCGCUACUGGAUCCCGCCACUGUCCCGUGUGGGCAGUUCACGUGGCAAGAGGGCAUUCCGUCACUGCUGGUUCGUGACAACGGUCCUCUGGCACUCUGUGGUUCGCAACGAUGCAGUUCGACUUGCCCUAGCGGAUGUUGGUCAGCCACAAACAGCAGUACGUGUGGCGUAGUGUGCUCAGCAUCUGUCCGCACCCCAAUCUGCACAGACCCAACACCUAGGCCCAUUGUCACAUCCCAGAAUGCACCCGUUGCAACUAGCAAUGGAGCUUCGGCUGGCGACGUGGAUUCGCUGAGCUACUGGGUGCCGCCUUGGAAGAUGCCAGGCAUCCUGGUGUUUGUUCUGGUGAUGUUGCUGUCACUUGCUCUCGUUAUUCUCCUCGCUGUGCUGCUUGUACGAUGUCGUCGCCGCAGAACGAGACGAUUAGGACUGACGGACGUUCACGGCAAACACGCUACAUCCCGUAUCAAUGAAGAUCUGCAGGACACGUCUAUAUCGAUGUCAACCUUCCCCAGAGUGCACUCACCCGUCCGUGCCAGUGACAAGGGUCAUCUCCUUGACGACGAGCUGGUGUCGGAUGGCUUCGAGACUCGCGUAAUCAUAGGCAGUGCAGAUGCCGGUGGAUAUGACGAGGAGACGACUGCCGGCUUUUCCAACGCAGAGCAUGCUGUGGAGGAUACCCAGCGAGUAUCACCAGAAGGCUCCGUUGAACAAGCCAUUACAAGCCCGAGUGAUGGUGUUGUGGAGAACUAUCCUUUCAGUCAGAUCGAGUAUCGUGGAGAGAUGCUGGGUCAGACAGCACUAUGGAGUGUGCAGCAUGCCAUGGCUAAACGACUAGUACCUGGUUUGAAGAGGAGUCCAGUGAUUGCAAUGGAGAUCAAGACAAGGGAUAAUAAAGAAGAUGAGCUGGCAUUCGCAGAGCAGCUAGUCCCAAUGAGGCUGCGGCAUGAGAACGUCUUGCGGCUACUUGCCAUGUGCUACCAGGACCAGUUACACAUCGCCCUCUGCGAGCCAUGUGGACAGGGCUUUCUGAAGACGUAUAUGCUACCCAGUCAGGGUAAUCGGGAGUCUUUUGUUGAGCGCGGUCUCUAUGUCAAGCUGACAUGUGAUGUGGCGUCGGCCGUGGCAUUCCUGCACUCCAACGGCUUGCCAUAUCAUGACCUAGCAGCUCACAGCUGUCAGCUAACAUCAAAUCUGGUCUUGAAGCUAGGUGACUACGGCUUGGCCAGGACACUCUAUCCGGAGGACUACUGUUCACCGCCAUCAGUACACAAUGCAUGUAACAUUCCACUACGCUGGAUGCCUCCCGACCAGUUUGCACUGAGCGAGCCAUCAUCACCAGAAGAAUGGAGGGAAACAGUUGUUCAACCUGCCACGCCGGAAAGUAAUGUUUGGGCGCUUGGAGUAACAAUGUGGGAGAUACUGUCUCUCGGGACCAUGCCGUUCUGCAACCUGCCCUCCCUCCAGCUUUAUGAGGCAAUCAUAUCAGCUCACGCAAAGCACACAGAUACAACAGAACAAGUCUCCUUGCAGCUCUCUAACCCAUGCUCUGACUCCACGGACAAUAUCAGGCAGCAAAUUUUCCAUUGCGUCACACGGUGUAUGCACGUAGACGCUAGCCUUCGUCCCAGCGCCGCGCAGGUGGAGAGGGAACUACAGAAGCUGCGACAGUCCGCCUAUCAGAAAGCGCUGACGCCUCACUUUCCUACACAUAACAGUGCUAUUGCAUACAAGCAGACGACUGCCACUCCUGAUCGGGAGCUGACACCGACGAGAAAACCCAGUGCUCUGAAGAAACGAUCAGUGAACGGGCAGAGUCGAGCCAAGAAGCGCGUGGAGUUCAAAGAAGGCAGCCAGCUCACUGAGAUUAGGAACAUCGAGAGAGUUACAAACCAACAGCAACAGCAGGGAUCACCCAAGAAGGGCCUGCGACUGGCAUCAAUGAAACCGGAAUUCAUCGAUCCCCUCGCUCAGUUCGAUCACCUAGCCGACCUGAAGUUCGAAGAGGAGGAUGGCGAUGAUGACGACGACGAUGAUGAGACCCUGACAAUGUUUCCGCUGGCGACGGAAUCGGAGGAGGUGGUCGACGUGGGAGACGGAACACACGUGACGGAUAUCGACGCUCUGCUAAGCAUUGCCUCCAAGAACUACGUGGACACACUGCAACGCAAGAGGAAGAAGCGCAAGAACGUCGAUAGCCUUUUGCCGAACGGCGGAAGUGACGGGAGGCACUCGCACAUGAGCUCCCCGCAAACGCACUUCAUCGAUCAACGUGAGAAUGGUGGGUACACGUUUGGCUCAUCCGGGAAUGUUCUUCACGGUACCUCUGGCAAUGAAGCUAGCAGUGGCGCCUCUUCAGCAGCACCAGGAGAGAAAUCACCCGACGAUGUCAUGAUCUGGUAAGAGAAAUGUGUUCGGUUCAAGUCGCACCCGGACUAGCUCAGUGCAGCUAGCCGGCACUACUGAUGAUGAUGUCAUAACUAGUUGAAAAUGAUGUAACCCUUGACUGCACCAUCGCGAUGAUGUCAUGAUCUGAUGAACCAGUUGUGUUCUCGUCACUCUGAACCCAGCCAGCCGUUCAGCAGUCAGCACUGCAUAAGGCCAUAAACAUGAUGUCAUGCUUCCUUGAGAAUGAUGUCAUAACACUUGAAUCUAACUUAUUAUCGUUCACACGGUAGCUGAAUCCGUAAAGGAAAUUGUGAACUUUGACAACUUUUGAUCUUCUAUUUUCCCUAGACUGAUGGUGGUAAUUCUGAUACAUUAUCACAUGCCACCUCUUUGUGUGUGCAUGCUGGGGUUGCAUAAACUGUGUGCCGCAACUCUCAAAGAGUGCCAAACGAGUUUUGUUCUUGCUGGCCAAGCACAUUCGACAUUGGCCUUUACUGGUGCAAUCCUGACUGACUAAAAACUUUUAAUUAAUUUAAUUAUGCUUUUCAAAUUGGCACCAGCUGGUAAAUUUCAGUUGAGUUGCUUUGAGUCCUACCUACUAGUGUUCACAUACAUAAUGACCUGCUUAAAAGAGUAAUUCAUUCCUAGAUUCUGAUACCGAUGGUGAAUUGAGAUAAAACUUGACAGAUAUCUAUGAAAA